UUGGUCUUCGCUUCCUUACUCUUAUAUAUGUGUCUACACCCUUUCCUGAGUUCUUCACCACAAUAAUAUUAAUUACAACUGCUCUUCUCUAUCCUUUUUCCAUGGCUUCUUCCUCUACUACUACUACUUCUCACAACUGGAGAUACAAUGUUUUCCCAAGCUUUCGUGGAGAAGAUGUCCGAGACACAUUCCUCAGCCAUCUUCUCAUGGAGCUUGAACGCAACUUGAUCACUACAUUCAACGACAAUGGCAUCGACAGAAGCCGCCCUAUCGGACCUGAGCUUUUAUCGGCGAUAAAAGACUCUAGGAUCGCAAUCGUCAUCUUCUCUAAGAACUACGCUUCGUCAACAUGGUUUUUAAACGAACUGGUGGAGAUCCACAAUUGCAUUAAGGAUCUGGAUCAGAUGGUGACGAUUUUUUACCAUGUCGAUCCUUCUGAGGUUAGAAAGCAGACUGGGGAAUUCGGCGGGAGGUUUACAGAAACAUGCAAGGAAAAAACAGAAGGUGAGAUAGAAAGGUGGAUGCGAGCACUAACGGAUGUAGCAAAUUUGGCUGGAGAGGAUUUUAAGAAUUGGACUGGUAAAGGCGAAGCAAAAAUGAUUGAACAUAUAGCAAAGGAUGUGUUCAGUAAACUUAUGAUGCCAUCAAAUGAUUUUAGUGACAUUGUGGGGAUUGAAGGUCAUAUUGAGAGGUUGAAUUCGCUUUUGUGUUUGGAGUCUGAUGAUGUUAGAAAGUUAGGCAUCUGGGGGCCUUCAGGGGUAGGUAAGAGUACCAUAGGAAGAGCUCUUUGUAGUAAACUCUCUAGCCGAUUCCACAAACACGCUUUCUUCGUCUCUUACAAGAGUAAAAAAAAGUGGGACGAUAAUAAAUUGAAGUUGUGUUUGGAUGAACGGCUUCUGUCGGAAAUUUCGUGUCAAAAGGACGUAAAGAUACGUCAUGCAGGUGAGGCAAAACAAAGGCUAAUGCAUAAGAAAAUUCUUAUCAUCGUUGAUGAUGUGGAUGAUCGUGAAGUGCUAAACACCUUGAUGGAUCAAACUAGUUUGGUUGGAUCCGGGAGCAGAAUCGUUGUGAUAACUCAAGAUAGGAAACUUUUAAAGUCUCAAGAGAUUGAGCUUAUUUAUGAGGUGGAGCUCCCAUCGCACGAUCUGGCUAUGCAGAUGUUUUGUCGAUCUGCGUUUGGGAAUAACUCUCCGCCUUAUGGUUUCGAAGAACUCGCUACUAAAGUUACGUUGCAUUCCAGUAAUCUUCCUUUAGGUUUAAGUGUCUUGGGUUCGUCGUUGAAAGGGAUGAACAAGGACGAGUGGGUAGAGAUACUGCCUAGGCUCCUGAAUAGUUUGGAUAGGAAAAUCAAGAAUACACUAAAAGUCUGCUAUGAUAGGUUAGAUGUCCAAGAGCAAGAAUUGUUCCUUUGGAUUGCAUGCUUACCCGAUGGUCGUAAAGUCAAGUUCUUAAAAGAUUUGCUCGGAGAAGGUGCUGAAAUUGGGCUCAAAAUACUGAAUGACAAGUCCCUGAUACGUAGGGAAUCAACAGGAAUUGUUCGAAUGCACAAUUUGUUACAGAAGUUGGGUAAAGAAAUCGAUCGUGCAGAGACCACCAACAAUUGUAGGUUCUUGACGGAAGCUGAUGAUAUAUGUGAUGUACUUACCGAUAAAACUGGCACAGAGAAUAAUCUAGCCCUGGAUUUGAACAUGUCGGAAAUCAACAAGACAUUGGUUAUAAAUAAAAAGUCAUUUAAAGGAAUGCGUAAUCUGAAACUUCUAAACUUUUACAAAUCCUGGUGGCCAUGGGAGACUGGAAAAGACAGAUUGUAUUUACCUGAUCAAGGCCUGGAUCCUUUUCCACGCAAACUCAGAUUGCUACUUUGGGAUGAAUAUCCAUCCAAAUCUAUGCCUUUUAACUUUAGAGCGGAAUGUCUGGUUGAACUCAAAAUGAAGAAUAGUAAGCUUGAGAAGCUGUGGGAAGGAAUUCAGCCUCUUGGAAAUUUGAAGGAGAUGGAUAUGAGUUAUUCUACAGAUUUGAAAGAGAUUCCAGAUCUUUCAAAAGCCACAAAAGUCGAAAGAUUGAAGUUUUGUGGAUGUAAAUCUUUGGUGGCACUUCCUUCCUCAAUUGGGAAUCUUCAUGGACUAUAUAUAUUGGAUCUUACAGAAUGUUCAUCUUUGGUGACACUUCCUUCCUCGAUUGGUAAUCUCAAAAAACUGUUUCAAUUGAUUCUUGCGAGAUGCAAAUCUUUGGUGACACUUCCUUCUUCAAUUGGAAAUCUUCGUGGACUAUAUAAAUUGGAUCUUACUAAAUGUUCAUCUUUGGUGACACUUCCUUCCUCAAUUGGGACUCUCAGUAAACUGUCUGAAUUGAAGAUAUCGAAAUGCUCAAACCUUAAGUUUCUGCCAGAUGAUGUUGACUUUGAAUCUCUUAAAGUACUCCAUCUUGAGGUAGACCUCCCCUAUCUUGACAAAUGUUCACAGUUGAGAAUGUUUCCUCGUAUAUCAAGGAACAUUACAUCGCUUCAACUAGCAAAAACUGCAUUAGAAGGAGAAGAAGAUAGUUCUUGGAUUAGAGAACGCUAUUGGGAUGAUGUACCAUUGAGUUGUAUGCCACCUAAUUUCAACCCACAAGAUAUGGAGCCCCUUGAAAUGAGUACUGGCAGGCUUAAGAAGUUAUGGAGAGGGGUCAAGUCGCCGGAAAACCUCGUCGAAAUUCCAGUUCUGUCAAAGGCCAUCUACCUUGACUAUUUGGAACUCAAUAAAAGCUUUGUGAUGCUUUCUUCUUCAAUUAGGAAUCUCGACCAACUCAGGAGCUUGGACAUGGAAGGGUGCACAAUGCUCGAGGUUCUACCAGUCGACAUAGACUUUCAUCUUACAGAACUCGAUCUCAGUGGAUGCUCAGAAUUGAGAAAUUUUCCUCGGAUUUCAACCCGCAUUAGACUUCUCUAUCUAGAUGACACUGCAAUUGAAGAAAUUCCUUCCUGGAUUAAGAAUAUGUCUAGUCUCGCUAAAUUAACGAUGCGUCGGUGCAAGAAUUUAAAGAGCAUCUCCGCAGAGAUUUUUAAAAUGAUAUGUCUUGAGGCAGACUUUUCAGACUGUGGAGGAAUCACAAGAAUCUGUGAUCACUUACCAGGGCCGCACAAUAAUUUCUUUGAUAUUUCUUCAUAUCCUUUCGGAUUUCCACCAACGCCUCCUUUCAAGUUCUAUAAUUGCUUCAGUUUGGAUAGAGAUGCACAUGAAAUCAUUAUACAGUCAUACCCAAUCAUGGCCGUUAUACCAGGUGGAGAAGUGCCUACGUAUUUCACACAUCGUGCUUGUGGAAGUUCUCUAAGUAUCCUUUUGUCUGAGAGCUCUCUUUCUCAAAGAUACACAAUUGUUAAAGCUUGCAUCGUGGUUGGACUUUCAAGUCACUACCCUGCCGGAUACUUCACUGUUCGUCAGUCCUUUCGAGGCCAGCAAGAAGAGACUGAUUGUGAUUUUAAAGCGGACGCGUGCACGUACGAGAUAGAUCAUAUGGUUUUUUUCAACUUACAUUUACCAAUAAAACGAGUGAAUAACUCGCCAUCUGAACUGAACAACAACGUUCUACUACUUGAGUUUUAUAGCAACCAUUAUGAUAUAUAUUAUGAAGGGUGUUCCUGCGGCAGCCCUGGCCGCCAUAAUCAAAAUUCUACACUUGAAGAGAUAAAAGGAUGCGGUGCACGAGUCAUGGAUAUCUCAGAAACAGACUACGAAGAAAGUGAUGAAGAGAGCGACAGAAGCAAGGAGAAGAUGACAGUUCCAACAUUUCAAGAACAUUCCAACUAUCUGAACAUCCAACCUGCAGUGAAUCCCGGACUGGUGGCUCCGAAUUUGGACCUUUACAUGGGGCUGGCUGGAGCAUCUGGUGGUGAAGAAAGUGAUGAAUAUUAUGAAGGGUGUUCCUCCGGAAGCAGCUAUGGCAGCCACAGCCAAAAUUCUACCCCUGUAGAGAUAAAAGGAUGCGGUCCAAGAGUCAUGAAUAUCUCAAAAACAAACUUUCGAGAAAGUGAUGAAGAGAGCAACAGAAGCAAGAAAAAGAUGCGGAUGACAGUUCCAACAUUUGAAGAUCAUUCCAACUCUCUGUAUAUCCAACCUGCAGUGAAUUCCGAACCAACGGCUCGGAAUUUGGAGCUUUCCUUGGGGUCGGUUGGAGCAUCUGGUGAGGUAUCUUCCGGAAGCAAAGUGCCCUCACCUUCAAGGAACUUCUGUGGCGAUGGAGCAUCUUUUCUUGGCGGAGAAUCUUUGCAUUUCGAACCCAUGAUAAUCGAGCAACAAAACACUGGGAACAUCCAAUGAGGAUCUUUAUGAUGUACUUAGACUUUUUAACCCAGAUGUUUUUUUUCUUUCUAAUACACAGAAAUAAGUUUGAUGAAUGCUAGAAUUUGGUUCAGUAUAUAUGUAAAAAGAAAAAUUAUGGCUUAGAACAUGUAGUACUAGAGUUGAUUUGAAGUAUGUAUUGUAUAAUUCAGUCUAUACUAUUAUUAGCUAAGUUAAUUUGUUUACUUUGUCGUA